UCAAAUUCCAUCCACCCACUUAUUGGUAAUGAGAGGCACUGGGAAAACUUGAUUUAAGGUCAGUAGCUAACAUUUGACUUUACAAGCACACCCAGACAUAAGUAUGAACAGACCCUACAGUGCUACCUUUCUUUUCUUUUUUUCAGCGUAUUUUUACUGUGUGGACAGGUAGAUUCGAUUUUCACUCUUUCCAAAAGUAAUCGCUUACAGCUGACUUAAACUGGGAAAUUCACUUUUGUGUGCAAAGAAAGUUUGAAUAAUCAUAACCUCAUUUCUGGCUGUUUUUCUUAUACAAGCUGUGGAAAAGGGAACAUGUCUCAGCAGGCUGACACACCUCUUUCUUACUUUGGGAGGAGACAGAGAGGCUGUUAACAUCCAUCCAAUUUCAUACAGAUGCUCAAGAUUAGUUCAUAAGUGGAAAGGAUUACUGCAAUGCUCAGUUUUCUGGCGGCACAGGCCCUCAAGAUGCACUGCCAUGAGAACCUUGUCAAUUAUUUCAGUUGUGGGAUCAUCCUGGUAGGAUUUGGCCACCUGGUCCAUCAUAAGAAGGCGCAGACCGCUUACGGACGCCACAUGCCACUCUCUCAGACGGCUAAGAUGGUACCUGCAAGACUAGCCUGGUUCCUCCAGGAGAUGCCUGCCCUCCUGAUCCCUCUAGUUUUAAUGCUGACUUCAGCCAAAACCUCCAGCGUGGGAAAGUACUUACUGCUGACCACCUUUUGCUUGCACUACUUUCAAAGGACAUUUGUGUAUUCGUUUCUGACCAGAGGGCAGCCCUUUCCUCUGGGUGUGAUGGUGGCAGGGGGGUUCUUUUGCCUGAUAAAUGGUCUCCUGCAGGGACACUACCUGCUGCAUUGUGCUCACUUUGAUGAAGAAUGGUCAUUUGGCUGCCGCUAUAAGAUGGGUUUAAUGAUGUUUUAUGUCGGGAUGGCUGUCAAUAUACAAAGUGACUAUAUUCUACGCAAUCUGAGGAAACCAAAAGAGGUUGUUUACAAAAUCCCUGCAGGAGGUCUGUUUGAAUAUGUGUCUGGUGCCAACUACUUAGGAGAGAUUGUGGAGUGGUUUGGCUAUGCUGUAGCCACCUGGUCCCUUCCGACACUCUCCUUUGCUGUGUUCAGCCUCUGCUUUAUUGGACCAAGGGCCCACUACCAUCACAGGUUUUACCAGGAGAAAUUCAAGGAAUACCCCAGGUUUCGAAAAGCUUUAAUUCCAUUCAUCUUCUGAAUUAAAAAGCAGUCGUCACCUCACUGAGCAAGCGUAUUAACCACCCUAAAGCAGAGGAAGGCUACAGGGAUCUGCACAAGUGUAAAAAAUGAAGAAACACUCACUUCACUGCACGAAAAAUGGGAUUAAGUCAUAACUGAAGUCAGGUACAGUAUUCUGCAAAUCCAUCUGACACCGAGCAUGUUGGUAUGGCAUUCAGCUAUUCAAUCAAUGUUUAAUUUACAUAAAAAAUCAAUGAGGGUGUGCAAACAGGAUGAUAACAGAGGACGAGCAGGCAGCAAGAGCAGAGUCAUAAUAAACAUUUAAGAGCAGAGUACUUUGUAGACAUGAUGUGUUAAGUUUAAAUGUGAUACAAUCUGUUAUCAGUGUGUGGAGAAAAAAGAUACUAAAAAUGGUUUUACACAAUUUUGAUUAAAGAAGUAGUUAUUUGAUUAUAAUGUUUUCAUGUCAGAUAUUCCAAUUAGUUGUCCUAAUUUGAGCAGAAUAAAUGAACAGUCUGAAACAUGUCGAUAGAUAUUACCGUAUGCAUAAGUAAUCUUUUUGCUUGUAUCAUGUGUCAUUGUGAAUACUGAAAAAUGAAGUUUUGUAACCUGCCCUUUGCAUUCUAGUAACUCACUGACUCAUAGCAUGCCGAUGAGGAAUAUAGAUGUAUCUUUCAGCUUGAACAAGAUCUUUGGACUCAGUUUAGAGUG